AUGCCUACUCAGAUAAUGGCCCCUUGGGCCCCAGCUCUGGCCGGCAGCAUCGCCCGUGAGUUGGAGAAACAGCCAUUCGUUUCGUUUCAGUUUGCAACGGUGGAUGAACACGGAUCUCCUCAUGUCAGAACUGUCAUUCACCGUGGAUUCCUAUUUGACGACAGAAGCACCAAUGUGCUUACUUUCACCACAGAUCGUCGUAUGACCAAGUACAAAGAGCUGUUCAACGAUAGUGCUUUUGAGUUAUGUUUUUAUAGUCAUGUUGCUAGGAAACAAUUCCGCCUUAGAGGAGUUGCCCGAUGUAUUGACGACACAACCACGCCUAAGCUGAAGCUUCCACCAGAUAUUUUUGACCAGCUUAAGAACUCUGCAGAGGCCACCGUCACCCUUAUAGCUGACAAUGACAACGAGAUUGAAACAGACAAAAUUGACUACCUAAAGUUCCCCAGGUCCACAGCAAGUGAUGAGCUGGAAUAUCCAUUGUUAUCUCCUGAAGUAAUAGCCAAACUAGAGGCAUCUUCAGGAGAAGAAGGAUUGGAUCCAGAAGAGAUCUCUGCCCAACUUACUCCACCAACGGAAGAGGAAUGGAAAAAUGAACGACGCAGAAUAUGGAAUACUCUCUCCCGUUCUAUCAAGUCGACUUUCCGUAAGCCUACGCCGGGCUCGAGAUUGACUGAAGAGAAAAUAAAACUACUGGAUUCCAUCGGAAGAGGUGUAGAUGGUGCAUCUGACGAGGAUGGACUAGAGAAUUUGGUAGUGGUGGUUUUGUUUGUGGAUAAGGUUGACUUUGUAGAUAUUGGUUACAACGGCCAAGGCAGAAGACUGAUAUACCGAAGACUUGCUGGAGAUCACUGGCGCGAGACGGCGGUAUGUCCUUAA